AUUUAUAACGUGCUCUUCAUCGAACGUUAAGGUAGCAUAUUCUAGUUGAUCCACCUGAGCAUCAGAACAAUCACACUUUGGAAGAUUAGAGACCUUCAAGAAUGGAGCAGCUUCUACACACUUUCCAGGGUGCCAUCGAGGGGAUGACAUGGGAGCAGAUCAGCAGCACCCUUAUGGAGGUUAUUGCAGACUGCUCGCCUCCUCCUACUCCUCCUUGCCCCCCGGAACUUGCUCAACUGGACUCAUACAACCUAAGACCUUUAACAAUGGAACAGCUCGUGGACACAUUCCAGGGUGCCAUCGAGGGGAUGACAUGGGAGGAGAUCAGCAGCACCCUUAAGAAGGUUAUUGAAGACUGCUCGCCUCCUCCUACUCCUCCGUGCCCCCUGGAGCCUGCUCAGCUGGACUCGUACAACCUAAUGUCCACCACAGCCGCCAAUACGCUGCACCCAGGUAUCAACUUGUCGUUAAAAAAUCUCCACCCCAUCAGAACGAUAAUGGUGGUCUAUGAGAUCUUGCCAGCCCCUCGAGUCACUGCACCUGCACCAAAACCCUCCAAGGCAAAACCAUCUUUCUGCAGAAGGAGGAAGAGGCAUGAAAAAGAGGACCACAUUAAGAAACCGCCCAAUGCCUUCAUGAUGUUCUUGAAAGAGAACAGGCAAAGCGUGGCGGCGGGCAUGAACGUCAAAAGGAGCACCGAAGUCAACACCAUCCUAGGCCAGAUAUGGAGAUCAAUGACAAUGGAUGAACAGAAUAAAUAUUAUAAAAUGGCUGAUGAAGAGCUACGUCGCAGGAGGAGCAGUAGCAGCACUUUGACGGCAUGAAAUACUGGCUUGCCAAGAUUAAUCGGGCCGUGGCUAUGAUUUGCCGGAAGUGACUGCAAAACAUGUUAUCCAUGACUCUCCCUCCCCCCCAUCAUCAUCACCCACCCUACCCGGCCACCAGUAAAGGUCCGACAGGAUGCUCACCAACAACAAUAGCAACAACAGUAGUUAACUGUUUCAGCUCAUAAGUGGCCUAGUGGUUAGAGUGUCCGCCCUGAGAUCGGUAGGUUGUGAUUUCAAAUCCCGGCCGGGUCAUACCAAAGACUAUAAAAAUGGGACCCAUUACCUCCCUGCUUGGCACUCAGCAUCAAGGGUUGGAAUUGGGGGUUAAAUCACCAAAAAUGAUUCCCGGGUGCGGCUAUGCUGCUGCCCACUGCUCCCCUCACCUCCCAGGGGGUGAUCAAGGGGAUGGGUCAAAUGCAGAGGACAAAUUUCACCACACCUAGUGUGUGUGACAAUCAUUGGUACUUUAACUUUUAACUUUAAACAUGGUUGUUUAAGGCCUUAACCACUAGGGGAGCUUCUUGAUAGAGUUAUACAUAAUGUACAGGUUUGUAUUUUGUUCAUAUUCUGGUGUCGUUUUUAUGUAUAAAUGUAUAUAGUUUUGAGAGUGUGUUGAGGGAAGAGAGAGUUUGGCAGUUAGUAUUUGAA